AGUUUAGUGAAAAGGUUAUGGAGAACGGUUCGCUAUGUCAGUUGUUCGAUAAUAAAGUUGACAAAAUGUUGAUAUUCAGGUGCUUUUAAAACUUUCCGGGAGGACGAUCCUAUAGAGAUUAAUCGAAAAUGAAAGCUAAACCAUCUAAACGGAUGGUCGGCAUGAUCAUCAGGUCCAGAAAAUCCAUAGCGAAGGAUGCAAUGGUGACCACGUCCGGCAUCGGCCAGCCCAGCCUCUACCACGCCCUGGUCGUCAUCUUCCUGGAGUUCUUCGCCUGGGGCCUGCUCACGAUGCCCCUCAUCUCCGUGCUGAACAACACCUUCCCCGACCACACGUUCCUCAUGAACGGCCUCAUCAUGGGCAUCAAGGGCAUCCUCUCGUUCCUGAGCGCCCCCCUGGUGGGCGCCCUCUCCGACGUCUGCGGCAGGAAACUGUUCCUGCUCGUCACCGUCUUCUUCACCUGCCUGCCCAUCCCGCUGAUGACCAUCAACACCUUCUGGUUCUUCGCCAUGAUCAGCAUCUCCGGCGUGUUCGCCGUCACCUUCAGCGUGGUGUUCGCCUACGUGGCCGACGUCACCGACGAGAAGGAGCGCUCGCUGGCCUACGGCCUGGUGAGCGGCACCUUCGCGGCCAGCAUGGUCAUCUCGCCGGCCCUGGGGGCCUACCUGAUGGAGAGAUGGUCUUUGUCCCUGGUGGUAGCCCUGGCUACGGCUGUGGCCAUCCUAGACGUCUUCUUCAUCCUGGUGGCGGUGCCGGAGAGCCUCUCGGAGAAGGUACGGGUGUCCCCCAUCAGCUGGGAGCAGGCUGACCCGUUCUCCUCCCUGAGGAACGUAGGACAGGACCCGACGAUCCUCCUGCUGUGCAUAGCGGUGUUCUUAUCGUACCUACCCGAGGCCGGACAGUACAGUUGCAUUUUCGUCUACCUCAAGCUCGUCAUGGGCUGGAGCGCUCCCAUGGUGGCCGUGUUCGUGGGCCUGGUGGGGCUACUGGCCGUCAUAACGCAGCUGUGCUUGGGCAUUUUGAUAAAAAAUCUGGGCUCCAAGCACACCAUCAUGUUGGGACUGCUGUUCGAGAUGCUCCAGCUGCUGUGGUACGGCUUCGGCACCACGACGUGGAUGAUGUGGGGUGCCGGCAUUCUUGCCUCCAUGAGUUCCAUAACUUAUCCCGCCAUAUCGGCGUUCGUCUCGGUCCACAGCACCGCCGACAGGCAGGGGGUCGUGCAGGGAAUGGUUACGGGUAUGAGAGGUCUCUGCAACGGUCUGGGGCCCGCCAUGUUCGGGCUGAUCUUCUUCAUGUUCCACGUCGACCUUAACGACGGGGAGAACAGCCACAACGCCACACAUUCCACUCCUACCUUCGACACGUACACGCAGCUGGUGCCUGGCCCGCCUUUCGUUUUCGGAGCUUUUCUAGUCAUUUGUGCCCUGUUCGUUGCCUCCUUCAUACCUUCCAAGACCCAAGUGGAAACGAGCAUCCCCUUGGACACGCACUACGAGAUGGAGCGCGGCCAGAAGGUGGCCGGCACCCUGAGCCCCCUCAUCCCGAGCCGGGGCUCCAUCGACGCCGCCAUCCUGUAAUUCCGACGGACGGGUGCCGUUUACCGAAGCAUUUUGUGAAUUCCUCGCGAGGUCUCAGUUCCAAGUAAAAUAUUUUUUCGGGUGAUGUAAAGGCGACGAGAGACGAUCAGGGAAGUGUUCCUCCCCGCCGGGGAGGCGUCUAGUUUCGUUUAUUUUAAUUAUCGGGAGUGUCAGGUAUAAUUUUUAGGUUCACGAUCACUACGCUUAGUUUCCGGGGACGUUGCCGCUCCGGCGCUUCGCACUGCCGACGGGGUAUCGGGGAAAACGGCGCGGGGUUGUUUGUUCGGGAAUAAUUGAGUUUCGAUCUCAGAGCUGUUACGAUUUCGUGCCACGGGGCGACAGUUUUGGUGCUUUUCGGGGGUAAAAAUGUACAAGAAAUCGAUCGAAUUUGUGAGUGUCUUGAAUUGAUGGGAUUUGGGGCAACUUUGUUUGUAAAAGACACUAGCAGAGUCCAAAAAUAUAUCGAUAGUAACUUUAUACAGAGUCUUGUAUGAAUCAAGGCGAUUCUUUUGUGUCGUUUUGUAAUUUUUUAUAUUUUAGUCCUUUUUAUGACCAAAUACAGUAUUGCGUUGCUUUUCGGGGCUCGUUAUCAAUGAUUUUGUACGCGUAGUGUACCGAAGUGAACGUUUGUGCGAUUUUUACAACUACCGGUAAAAAUUCACUACGCGUUUGUAUUUGCCAAGCACGAAUCACUUGCCGUUGAGAAGUAGUUUCAAGUUACGGGUCAGCCGCCGUUUUCCCUAUACUCGUUGACCCGCAGCGAACUUUCAAGUGUAAGGAAAACCCAGUCAAUUCCGAGAGAACUAUAUUUUGAACGUUUUUGCACAUAUUCUCUACAAGAAAGUCUCACUAGCUGUCUUUCGUUACGGUUUUUCCUAUAUUGUAUGUACAAAGUUAGUCGUAAGGUUAGGACUUAAGGAUCUACAAUUAUACUUCUUUUUUUUAAUAAAAGAAAAAACUAGGAAAUCUUUUCGGUCUGGUUCACACUUUUUUUUUAGUGUUGUCGGAGUAGCGACUUGACACGCGCACCGCACCAAAGCCUAUAUACAGGGCGUUCCGUCGUUCCGGUUGAAAAAACAACGAAAGUUCUCCAGUAUUCCUCGUGAUGAUGAAUUGAAAUCGUUUGUCGUUCUCGUGUCGUAUUUUUUGGCUGUGAAUCGUUUCGUUUCCCGGAACGCCCUGUGCGCGACAUCUUCUAGAGCCGACAUCGCUGUUAGGAUCGCCGUUUAGGGCGUAAUGUAUAUUUAUUGUAUAUGUGACUAAAGCAAUUCUGCCAGGUGAGAAUUUUUUUUAUCAUUGUUAUCCUUUUUCUUUGGACUUGUAUUUUUAUAAAGUAGGUAUAUUUGUUUCGACUUGUUGGUUUAACAAAUGACAAAUAUAUUUAAAUCUGAAGUAUUUUAGCUGUUAGAGUAAAUAUAAAUAAAUUAAUU